UGCUGCUGCUGCCGCCGCUGCCGCCGCCGCUGCUGCUUGUCACUCAUUGUUGCGCGCAAACGGGCACCCGAGCAGAAUCCGCCCGCUGGCUGUUGUUGUUUACCAUCGUUUUAAUAAACGAGGAGAAUAUCAGUCGAGUCGCUGUUAAAGAUGCUUCAAAUAAGGGACGUCCUCUGGGGAUUCCUCUACAUUGCCUGCGCAGCUGCCAUCCAGGUGCAGGUGACUCCAACACACAGAGAGAUCAGCGUGGGAGAGUCCAAGUUUUUCCUCUGCGAAGUGGUGGGAGAUGCGAAAGACAUUGACUGGUUCGCGCCCAACGGGGAAAAGAUCCUGCCAAACAACCCCAACAUCCAAGUGAGCCGCAACGAUGAAACUACCUCCACGUUAACCAUCUACCACGCCGACGUCGACCACGCCGGCAUCUAUAAAUGCGUGGCGAAGAACGGCGACAAGGAGGCUCAGGCCACGGUCCAAGUCAAGAUCUUCCAAAAGAUCACCUUCAAGAAUGUUCCCAGCCCGCAGGAGUUCAACGAGGGCGAUGACGCCGACAUCAUCUGCGACGUGGUCGGGUCGCCGGUGCCUUUCAUCCUUUGGAAGCAUAAAGGGGUCAGGAUCCAGCCCAACAAAGAUGUGCGAUACAACGUGAUGGAGAACGGCCACCUGCUGAUCCGCGGCAUCAAGAAGACCGACGAGGGACCGUACAUCUGCGAGGCGCGCGUCAUGGAGACGGGAGAGAUCAAUUUCAAAAUGAUCGACGUUGUCGUGAACGUCCUUCCCACCAUUCGCGCCAGGCAGUCCGAGGUCAACGCCACGGCCGACAUGGGCGGCUCCACCCUCUUGGCCUGCGACGCCGACGGCUUCCCCGAACCCAGCGUCACAUGGACCUACAACAACGUCAUUCUUGAGUCAGGCGAUAAGUACAGUCUGAAUGAGGACGGCUCCGAGCUGGUGAUAAAAGAUGUCGUCAAAGUGGAUGAGGGAGAUUACACCUGCACAGCCAGGAACAAAGCAGGCGAGAUGAGCCAGGAAGUCAGUCUCAAUGUGUUCGUGCAAGCUAAGAUCACUUACCUGAACAACCAGACGGCGACCGAGUUCGACAAGGAAGUCACCCUUACCUGCGAGGCCUCGGGUGACCCGACGCCCUCCAUCUCCUGGAGUUUCCAAAACAGGAUGUUCUCCGAAGGCGAGCAGAGCCACGACAGAAACAUCGUGGUACGGAGUCACGCCCGGGUUUCAUCCCUGCUCUUGAAAAACGUUGACUUCACGUACGCCGGACAGUACUUGUGCAGCGCCAGCAACUCCAUUGGUCAGGACACCCAGCCCGUGUACCUGGAAGUUCGCUAUGCUCCAAAGAUUAUGGGAGUGGUGACGGUGUACACUUGGGAGGGAAACCCGGCCAACAUCAGCUGCGAGGUGGAGGCCCACCCCGGGGCUUCCGUCACCUGGUUCCGAGACGGCCUCCAGGUACCCUCUGACAACACCACCAAUCUGAAGCUCUAUAGCACGCCGCGCAUCAGCUACUUGGAGGUUUUCCCUGAAUCUCAGAGUGACUUUGGAAGCUACAACUGCACAGCGAGCAAUGUGAUGGGUAUCGAGUCCAAGGAGUUUCUCCUCAUCCAAGCAGAGGUGCCCUCGUCGCCAAAGAUCCAACGACUGGAGCCGUUCUCCAGCUCAGCUGUGGUGGAGUUUGACGAGCCGGACUCUUCCGGAGGAGUGCCCAUUAUCAAGUAUCUGGUGGAAUGGCGCUUGGACGGCCAGGACUGGACUGGAAAGGAAUACGACGCCAAUGAAGACUUGAUGAGCAUCACCAUUCACAACCUCAUACCAAACACCAACUACGAGGUCAAAAUGUCCGCCAUCAAUGGCAAAGGAGAAGGCGAGAGCAGCGCGGCCGUCAAGUUCAAGACCGGACCAAUCCGGGAACCCAGCGCCCCGAAAUUGGAGGCCAUGGUCCAAAAUCAGGGCAACGCUCUUAAGGUCAACUGGAUCAAGCAGGACGACGGCGGCUCCCCGAUCAAGCACUACCUGGUCCGAUACAAGGCUAAGCAUGUGUCCGACUGGAAACCCGAGAUCCGCAUGCCGCGCGGCAGCGAGUACAUAGUGCUGAGCGGGCUGGACUGGAAUACGGAGUACGAGAUCCGUAUCGUGGCCGUGAACCAGAAGGGCAAGUCCGAGGCCGGCAUUCUGUCGUUCACAACGGCCACAGAACCCACCACCAUGCCAGGCGCGUCCGGGUCGGGCCUGAGCACAGGCGCCAUCGUGGGCAUUCUCAUCGUGGUCUUCUUUGUGCUGCUGGUGGCCGUCGACCUCACCUGCUACUUCCUCAACAAGUGCGGCCUUCUCAUGUGCAUCGCCGUCAACUUCUGCGGGAAGGCCGGCCCGGGCGCCAAGACCAAGGACAUCGAGGAGGGCAAGGCCGCCUUCACGAAGGAUGAGUCCAAGGAGCCCAUCGUGGAGGUGAGGACGGAGGAGGAGCCAACGCACAACCAGGAGGGAGUCGUAGCCACGGAGCCCAACGAGACCACGCCUCUGACGGAACCUGAGCCCACCGCCGCAGACGGCGGCCCCACAGCGGUAAACGAGCUCCAGUCCAAUGCUACUAAUUCGGUCGCCGAGCGCUUUACCCCGGCUUGCGCCCCCGGCCUCGCCAAAGACCACCCCGUGAAAAGCAGCCCCGGCGCAGGGUCGGGCGCGGUCGAAAGCCGACCCGACGUCGGCCCGCUGGUCAACCUGAGCGACGCCCCUAAAGCCGGCCGCGCCUCAGAGCCGGUUAGCGCGAACGGUGACGGGCCGUGGAAGCAGCGGGAGGCCCCUGAGAGCCCCCCGAGUCAAGUAGACGGCUUGACUAAGGACUCACGUCAAAUCACUGAUGCCAACACGCACGCCCAAAAUGACGGGAUGACCAAGGACGACGUCAAGAUGGACGCCAACAACACCGCGGCCGAGGUGAAGACGGUCCCCAACGAGGCGGCGCAGACCAACGGCAAUGAGAGCAAAGCGUAAUCGGGGAGACUCGGAGGGUCGGGGUUGGUUUAUGAUGGUCAAAGCGGGUGGGUGGGCGGGGUGGAUGGUCGGUUUUCGGGUCGCAGUCACUGAAACCUCCACGUCAUUUUCUCGCGGCGAGCCCGCCAUCCCGACAGAAAAGAACAACGGUAAAGCAGUCGUGGAAUGGGAUUUAGUGUCUUUUGGUGUCUUUGGACCAACAAUAUGUCAAAGACUUUUUUGCCUUAGGUCGUUUUUAAAAAAAAGAAACAUUUCUAGUCAACUGCCCUCUCGCAGGAAAGAGUGCGUGGGCCACGCUGAAGUGGUAAAAAAAAAAAAAAAAAAUUGUAUAAAAGAUCAAAAUCUUGGAAAGAAAACAGCGUGUAACUUUGCAGGAAUAAAAUCAUCAUUUCACAGGUUGCCGUACAGUGGGGGGGGGAGACAAUUAUGUAUAAUGUCACAAGAACAUCAGCACAUGAGAAAGUCGCAAUUGUAUGGGAAGAAUAUUGUAAUAUCACAAAAAUAAGUUGUCAUUUUACAAGAAAAAAAUAAGUCUAAACUUUACAAGAGUGUAUUUGCAAUUUUUCUAAUUUCUAAUAUUAGGUCAAAAAAAAUAUGUAAUCGUAAUUGUAAUUUCAUGAGUCAUCAGUCAAAAUGAGCAAAGCCAUAAUUUUACAAGGAGUAGCGCCAUUUUUUUAACGUGGGGAAAAAAAUGGCACAUUUACCAGAUUGAAUUUGUAAUGUGACAAGCAACAAUUUUUUGGGUCAUUCUUUUAAGUUAUAACUUGUACGAAAACAAAUGUAAUAAAUAACUUCAUAUAAUUUUCGUAUUAUUUAAAAAAAAAAAAAAAAAACCUUUACAUCAUUGGGAUUUUGUCCCGAUUUUCCCCAUGAAAGCUUUUAUUACAAAGUCGGGUCUGUAAACAUUGCAACUUUCUCAUUAAGCACCCCCCCCCCUCACCCCCCUGCACGUUUUACUGUGGAAGUUUCCAGUUCCGCGUGGCCCUUUGACGCUCUUUCGCACCAUCACAGAUAUGAACUAGAUUCGAUAAGAUUUGACUCUGUUGGACUGUAGCUUUACUUCACAGAUAAUUGCCUUCACCUAUUAAAAAAAACAAAAAAUCAAAAAAAAAAAAAAAAAAAAAGUUUUCACGCGAUUCGUGUGACUUGGGAUUGUGGCUCUUCAUUGGCCAUUUGUUGUUGUUAUCCAUGAAUUAUGUGCAGAUGUUAUUGCUUUUGUAGCUUUUUUAAGUGUUUGCCAGAUUUAGUAAUUAGUGUCAGCAUGCCUUUUUUGGGGGGGGCAAAAUUACUGUAUUUCUGUACAUGUUGCUGUCAUUGGGUUCUUAUUGUGAUAAUGUUGUUAUUAUAAUGUUUUUAAUCUAAGGAUUCUGACAAAGUAUGAUUCUAUUGGAAAACAUGAAGAGGAAAAAGAAGGCGAGAAAAGGGGAGAAAGAUCUUGGGGUUCAUGUUGCCGAAGGAAAAAAAAAAAAAAAUCAGCGUUAGUACAACUGUUAACAUUUGGCAUUCAUACUUAAUGUAAUAUAAAAUCACCUCAGAUUCGCAAAGUUCUGAUUUUUUCGUGACGUGUGUUCUGCCAAAACAUUUCACCGUGACACUCGGCAUUCGGUUUCCGACGUCAGAUUUUUACAGUUUUUUUUUUUUUUUUUUUUGCAUCAGCCUUGACUACCGAUUUAUUCGGUUCCGAAGUUAAUCACGGUUAUCUCCUCUGACGCAUGUUAUUAACAUAUUGCUAACUUCGGGAAACCAAGUUGUUGGUUUUUUUUGUUUGUUUUUUUUGUUUUGUUUUUUUUUGCUGCUGUUUUUUUUCAACAUGCCGCCAGUGACGUGCCAUGGAUUUUUUUAAUUAGUCCGGUUGGCCCUGGCUUCCACAAAUAUCGUCACACGCUUACGUUUAUUUCAACUACGAAAAACAAUUGGGGUUAAAAGCUAAUGUUAAAUCAUCCCUUACAACACAGAGCAAACCAUUUCUCUGCAAUUUUUUUUUUUAUCUCUAAAAAAUUUUUGGGCUGUUUUUCUGAUGGGAAAAUUUACUAAAUUGAAUGACAAAAUUUGUAAAUUUGUCUCGAGCUGUUUAUCACUUUUAACUUUUUAUCUUUAACAGAGAUUUGGAGAAAGGUAAUGCUAGCUAACGACAUUCGAAACAAACUAAUAGACUGCAAUGAAAAGUCUCCAAUUGUGUUGUUUUAUCAUCAGAAUGCUUUUACUUUGUUUUCAGACAACAAAAUAAAAAUUGAUGAAAUACAUAAAAUGGCAACAUUUGUAAAUUGUUAAUUCAAGUUUUAGUUUUAUACCAAAAACAGGGCAAAUUGAGUUUGGCAACAAGGAUGGCAACAUAAACAUCACAAAGCAAAAUUUCUGACUGGUCUUCAUGUAAACAAUUUUUGUUGUCAUUUUUAAUGACUGGUGUACAGCCACAAAAAAAAAGUUAUUUAUUGAAUUUAAAAAAAAAACACUGGCUAAUGGCAUCAAAGAGUAAUUUACGUCACAAAUGAAAGUUCUUUUGAGACGAAAUUUGUGGAUACAUGGCUUUCACUUGAUAGUGAGUAAAUAUUAAAAUUUUUAAAUUGGUCAUCACAUGCAAACAGUUUGUCGUCAUAACAAAUUGUGUUCAGUCAUAAACAAUUUAUAGAUUACAAACUAAAGCUAGUGAACAUCGUUUUCAACAAAGAAAUUCUUUUUUAUUUUUGCUGUUUUUUUUGUUUUUUUUUACCAAGAAACAAAGAAAUCACAAUUCGGACAUACGUGGUUUUGUAUUUUGGUUGUCAAACCCUAACCUGUAUCACGAGAUUUGUAAAUUUUCCAGCUAACCCUGUUAGCUUAGCCACACUACAAAAAGAGCUAGUAAGCCUCUCGCAAUUUUCCUGUGCACACGCCUCAGAUUUGGCCAUGUAAAAACUUUUUUUUUUCCAAUUUGUAAAUGAGUGUGCUCACGUUGUUGUUUGUUUAUUGUACAGAGUCGAUCCUCCUCUUCGACUGCAACUGUCAAUGUGUGAGUCCAUCGCGGCUUUUCGCCCCCGCCUCCUUCACGGAAUUCGCUUUGCUAGCAUAACGUAGCCGCGCAGCACACACAUUCACAAAGACGUAAGCGAACUGGAAAUGACGCAGUGCCUUUGACUAUAACCACAAUGGCGUACGUUCCCAUUUCUUGUUGUUGUUUUUUUUUUUAAUUAUUUAAUAUUCAUCCUUGGUUGACUAUAUUAUAAUAUUCCAAAAUAGAGGCAUCUUGUAUAUGUGAUGGGUUCUUGACACUGUCGUCCCCCCCUCCCUUCCCCUCCACACCUUUUUUUUUCUGGGU